AUGACCACCCCCGGAGGUCCUCCGAGCGGCUCCUCUGCUCUUGUAAGCCUCCCUCCUCCCCUCACGGGCCCUCCAUCGGCAUCCAAUCCCUCUUCAACUGCCGCACAACUAGCAGCUGCCCCAGCAGCAGCAGGAGAAGCAACACCAACUGCAGAGCCAGCACCGCCAGCGUCAGCAGCAGCGCCAGCGCCAGCAACAGCAGCAGCAGGAGCAACAGCAACAGGAGCAGCAGCAGCAGCAGCAGCAGCAGCAGCAGCAGCAGCAGCAGCAGCAGCAGCAGGAGCAGCAGCAGCAACAGGAGCAGCAGGAGCAGGAGCAGGAGCAGCAGCAGCAGCAGCAGCAACAGGAGGUGGGAGCGGCAGCGGUUCCAUCACCAUCCCGCACAUCCCCGCACCGUCCUUCUCCUCCUCUCUCCCACCCUCGCUCCUCACGGACCUGGAAGGCAUCCCGCCCUGCUCCUGCUUCACCAACUCCGUCUCCGCGCAGUUCAACCCGCACGUGCACGCCAUCCGCUACACGGGCGUGCGCAGCCGCGGCAGCAACCGUUGGAUCGCGGAGAUCAAGGACAACCAGCGCGGCGUGCGCAAGUGGCUGGGAACCUUCUCCUGCCCCGUGCAGGCCGCGCACGCCUUCGACGCCGCCGCCAGGGCCGUGCGGGGACCCAACGCGCGGACGAACUUCCGCGUGGGGGAAACCGCGGGCGUGCCUGGAACCGGGGGGAGCAGGUCGAGGCGGUGGAAGAAAGUCGCUGCUGACAGUAAGGCCGCUGCUCUGGCUGCUGCGGCUGCUCUGGAGGCAGAGGCUCAGAAGGGGGGGUCGGAGGGUGGUGGGGUGGGCGUGGGAGAGGAGAGUGCUGCGGUGUUUGCUGCUGCAAGUCCUGGCGUUGCUGCUGGUGCCUGGUCUCUGGGUGCUGCAGGGGGGAAUACGUCCUCAGGAAUGGCAUCCCAAGGCAACGCUGCCAAUGCGUUCCAUCAUGGCAUUGCCAUUGCCGCAUCACAAGACCAUGCGUCAGAGUCUCCACCGGAGUUGCCCCGAGAGCGAUGGGCGUUUGACUUGGAGGCCGUCCCAUCCUGUGAUGAGGGCGAAGAGGACGCAGCAGUGGCGGCGGCGGUGGGGGAAGGAGAAAGAGAUUGCAGUAUGGACAAAGGGCUUGGCACUUGUACUACUGCGCAGCAAACCCAAGUUCCACGCGCACGGGCUGUCAAGCACAGCGCCAUCACAGCUCCCUUCCAUCUACAUCAUGGCGCAUCACCUCACACCCAAGCAUCACCUCUCUCCCACCCGUCACCGAUACCCCACCCAUCACCUCUCUCCCACCCGUCACCGCUACCCCACCCAUCACCUCUCUCCCACCCGUCACCGCUACCCCACCCAUCACCUCUCUCCCACCCGUCACAUCACUCCCAUCCAUCACCGCUACCCCACUCAUCGUCUCACCAGCAACGUCUCAGCUUUGACAUGUCCUUUAAGCAAGCCCGCAUGGACCCCUCCACGCCUGGGCCUCAUCCUGCUGCCCCUGCUGCUUCUCCUGUUGCUCCUGUUGCUCUUCCUCUUACUGCUCCUGCACCUGCUGCACCUGCUGCUGCUGUUUCUGCCGCUCCUCCUGCUGCUGCUGCUGCUGCGACGCUCCGGGGCGUUCUGUCCCACCAGGCCAUCCUGCAUGCACACCAGCAGGGUGCCGCCGCCAGCAACAUCUCUCACGCCCUCCCCUCCCCACACAGCCUAAGCCUCAGCCUCCCCCCACCGCACGGCAGCACUUCCACGUGGCAGCAGACGCUUGCACGCUCGGAGCAGCAGCAGCAGCAGCAGCAGCAGCAGCAGCAGGAGCCCCAUUCGAGCCAGCCCCAGGGCACAGGAGGCGGGGAUUCAGCAGGUGGUGUGGCAGGCAGAGCGAGAGGCACGGCGCGGAUAAGGCUGGCUUCAACAAGGGCAGCAACCUCCAAGGGCAGCAGUGGCGGUAUGGUGCAACAGGGGGGCAGCGCGGCCAACACUGGCAUGGCGCGGCCAUCCAGCAAGGGCAGUGCUGGUGCCGCAGCUUCGGCAACCCCCAAGGGCAGCAGUGCUGGUGCCGUGUGUGCGUCCCUGUGGGCUCCCUCACUGCCUGCCACUCGCGCCUCUCUCGCAUGCCUUUCCACCUGUGCCCCGACUGCCACACCUCACUACGAAGUAGCCUCACCAGCAGCACCAGCAGCACCAGUAGCAUCAGCUCCGGAGGCUGGGGCAGGCGAGGCGGAGGUGGCGGUGGUGGGUGCGGUGGGCGCACUGGGAGCAGCGGGAGCUGCGGGGCUGCACUCACAGCUCUCUGCAGCAGCCGCAGCAGCAGCGGCCGCUGCAGGGCUGCGCUCGCAUGAGCUCUUGCAGCUGUCUUCAAUGUGGGGAGCCGAUCGCCCUUCUGCAGAGAAGAACACGGGAUGGCUGCACGCCUUGGCCUCCAGUAGUUGGAUGGGAGGGGGUCAGGAGGCCGGCACGGCAGGGAUGGGGGGAACUGGGGAGCGGGCGGGUGAUAGGUCUGGGGGGUGUGAUUCUUCUCCUGGGCGUGGCUUGGUGAGAAGAGAGUGUGGGGUGGAAGGAGGAGUGGCAGGUGUGAUUUCUGGAGCGAUUGGACUUGCUGGAGGGGUGGCUAGUCGGGGAGGGGGCAUGGGGGCAGAGAUGGUGGCUGCUGCUGCGCUGUCUGCUAUUCUGCAGCAGGCCAUGCAGGGGGGGAGAGGCGAAGGUGCUGCUGCUGUGACAAGCCCCUCGCUGCUCCUCAACCUGCCAGUGGCCCUCGGGAUCCUCGCCGCUGCUCGCUGGCUCAUGCUUGAGGUGCAGGCGCGGGCCAAUGCCAGCCUGCCACGUGUGCACUACGAGCAGGUGCACGCGCCCUUCCAGCCAAUCACGACCGCCGACGCCCUCCCGCGGCCGUCAGAGCCGGCUGGGCUGACGCUGGUGGGAUCGCCGCUGGUGGAAGCCUCCCUUGACGAGUUUGUGCGCUCCAUUAUACGGGACUUUGUGACGAACCAGUUCUAUGCGUACCUGACGCCGGACAGGGAGAUGCCGGAGGAGCUGCGCUGUGUGCUGCUGGCCGUGCUGGGGGAGGUGGCACGGCGGGCCAAGCGGGUCAACCUCGUUGCGCUGCUCACCAGGGACGUGGUGGGAGCGGUGGUGGGGGCAAUGGAGCAGUACCAGCGUGCAUGUGCGGACAUGGGCGAGGGCGAGGGCGAGUGGAGGCGGGUGGCGGCAGGGGAGAGGGAGGAGCGCCUCAAGCACACCCUGGGGGCGUCGGGCGACCUGCACCCUGCAUGCCUCUCUGUGGAGUGCGAAUACAAGGUGGGUGGGAAGCACAAGGUGGUGAGAAAGCUAGUGGCAGCACUGUUGGCGCUGGUGCUGCCAGCCAGCGACGCACAGAGCAACGUGGUGCGUUGCAUGGCUCGAGAGCUCCUCUCCUGCUGCGUGCUGCUGCCCUCCCUCAAGCAGGCCAACCCGCGGAGGCGAGUCCCUCGCAGCCGCAGCAGGCGCAUGCGGGCCACAGGGUCGCCCAGUGGAGGCUCAUUCGGGGGAGGCGUAUCUGGUCCAGGUGGGACGUACGGGGCAGGUGCAUUCGGGGGAGGUGCAUCUGGUGGUAGGGGCAGCAGCAGCAGCAUGCGGCGGCGUGCUGUAUUGGGGUUGGGGGGAGACAGUGCGGGGGACGAUGACAGCCUGGCAGAGGGCACCAGUGACGGCGGUGGCGUGGUGGGCAUGGGCUUCAGCACGGAUGAGGAAGACGGCUCCCCUGAUGUUGAUAGCUCUUAUCCUGCUCGUCACGGUGGCGGUGUUGCUGCUGCUGCUGCUGCUGCUGCUGGUGCUGCUGCUGCUGCGGGUGCUGGGCCUGGUGGCAGUCGGGGUGGUGGAGGAGUAAGAGAGAAGCGCAGACCUGGUGGAGGGUCGGGAGCGGCUGAUUCGCCUCAGAUUGCGCCUCCCCAUGCCAUGCCUCCCCAGGAUAAGCCUCCCCCGGGCCGUUCCCCUGGGCUGCUGCAGCCUAUGAGUGCAUCUUCCUCAAUGGCGUCCCUGGCCCCUCAGCUCAUUGCCGCCACACCCCUUCCUCCGCACCCCUCUGGCCCCUCCGGUGGCUUUAAUGGCUCUCCUGGGUUUGGGGGGUCGGGUGGGUCGACUGCUGGUGGUGGUUCGGGAAGCCAAGGCAUGCUGAGCAGCAGCGGCGAGAAGCACGGCGGCUUUUCUUUGCGCUCCCACCAGCCCUCAAGCGAUUCGGGCUAUGCCCAGCCUGCUGCACCUGCUGCUGCUAGAGGCUUAUCUCAUCACAUUCCGCCUCCUCCCCGUGAUGCGUUUGGUCCGUUUGUCCAUCCCAAUGACGGGGCUGCUGUGGCCGCGGUUGAAGGGGCUGACGGGGUGGGGCCGCGGCGCGGGAGAAAGGCAGGGAGGGAGAGGGAGGGGGAAGGGAAGGUGUUUGGCCGGGUGAAGAGCGAGCCGUGUGAAGCGAGUGAAGUGGGUGCAGGACGUGGGAGGAGCAAGGGUGAGGAGGUCGCAAUGCGGUUACCGGGUGACGAUGCUGACUUUGUGCAGGCGUUGAAGCGGUACGAGCAGCGGCAGCUGCAGGUGCUGGAUAGCGAGCAGAUUGACAAGCUCUGGUACACCGAUGGGCACAGCAGCAAGGAGUCUAUUCGUAAUGGCUGCGAGGAGCCAGAAUGGAAGGGCGGGACGGAAGGAGGCGGUUGUAGCAAGGGCGUUGGACACAGUAAGAGCUGCCAGGAGGUCUACUAUGGGGAGAGGGAGGGAGGAGUUGCGCCAGGGGAGGAGCAAGGAUUCCUUAUGGGGAUUCACAAGCAGCAGCAGCAGCAGCAGCAGCAGCAGCAGCAGCAGCAGCAGCAGCAGCAGCAGCAGCAGCAGCAGCAGGCUGCUCCCCCACAGGUUGCCCCCCUGCACUCGCAUGAGGCGACGAGGAACGGCAAGCGAGAGCGAGAGAGGCCUGUGAAGGGGGAAAUUUUUUGGAGGGGUGGGUCUGUGAAGGAAGAGAGAGGGAUGACUGACCCCACGAAAGCUGCUGCUGGUACCGCAGGCAGUGGUGCUGGAAGGAGAACGAAGGAGAAGGAGCGCGAGAUGCUAUGGGAGGGUGUGUGCUCGGACGAGGAGUUAGGCGGUUUCAGGAGAACUGCUGCUGGUAACGCUGGUGCAGGUGGUGGUAACAAUGGCGGUGGUAACCGCAACGAUGGCGCAUGCAGCGGGAGGUGGAGCGAGGAGCUGGAGAUUGGGGUGGCGGUGCGCGGGCUGGGGUUUCUGGUGGAGCAGUCGCCUGGUACAAUGCAGAUGAUGCAGAGGAAGGGCGCUGGAGGAGCUGGAGAGGACGGGGAAGGAGGAGGAGGAGGAGGAGGAGGAGGAGGAGGAGGAGGAGGAGUUGGUGGUGGGGGUGGAAGAGGAGGGGUGGAUGCAGCUUGGGGAGGAGGUAGAGGGGCUUUGUCUGCUGUGAACGAGGCUGGAAGGGUGAGGCAGGGAGUGGGUUCGAGUACAGGUGGGGCGACGAAGGGGGUGUCAGGGCCGCAGCAGUCGCAGACACAAGGCGGCUGGGCGGGUGUGUGGGCCACCGGCGCGUUCUGGUCAUCAUCAUCAGCAGCAGGGGGAACAACAGCAGGAGAUGUCACAGGUGGCACAGGUGGCACAGGUACAGUGGGUAAACCACAGGUGGCCACUGCAGCUGCAGGGACUACUGCAGCGGGUGCAGCCGUAAAAGGACCAGUGGGAGCGGUCGGAGAGGCAAACUGGAGCCAAGGCGAGACGAGGCCCAGUGCAGGAUCAGCAGCAACAGGAGGAGCAGGAGCAUCAGCAGCGGGGUCUUGGCUGAGCUUCAUAGGCGCAGGGCCCAGGUCAGACCCGGGAGGCAGAGCAGCAGGUGCAGGCAGGGACACGGCUGGAGCUGCAAACACAGCUGCUGGGGGAAUGGGUCCUGAGGGGGGGAUGCGUGCACGGGUGGGGCGUGGGAGGGGGAGUUCCGUUUCAGGGGCAGGGGGUCAUGCAGGGUGUGGCUCACAGGGGGAUGCGGGUGGGCAUGAUGCGCGGUCGGUGCUAUCUGCUGCUGCUGCCACUGCUGGAUGGGUGGAGCGGAAUCUAGCCGCGUUUGGGCUGGCUGGUGCGUUUGGGAUGCGAGGUGGGGUUGGUGGGGGCACAGGUGAGAAGGGGACGGGAGGGACGAGUGGUGGAGAGGUGGGUGGAGUGGGUGGUGGUGGAAGUGGGGAUGAUAGGGUGCUGCUGGCUGAAGCAGCAGAGAGGGAUCCGUUGAGUGUGGUGCGGCAGUGGGAGGAGGAACAGGAGGUGGAGGGAGUGAGGGAGAGGCGUGAGUGGGAGAAGCAGGAGGAGCGGCAGCAGGAGCAUAAGCAGCAGGAGCAGAGGUGGCGACAGCAGCAGCAGCAAGGGGCGGUGCAGGGAUGGCAAUCGGGAUACGGGCCUGGGGAAGGGAAGUACACGGCAGGAACCUUCUUAGACUUGGAGGGCUUGGGCAUGGAAGAGGAGGAGGAGGAAGAGGAAGAAGGAGGAGGGAUGCUGCUGAGCGCGCGUGUGAAGAAGGGGCGCGGUGCGAUGCGUGCAUGGGACGGCCCUGGUAGUAGAAUCAGGGGCAGUGGCAAUGCAGUGGGGGGUGGGAUGGGGGAAGUGGGGGGAGUGGGGGGAGUAGGGGAGGAGGCGAGGGGGCAAGGGCUGCGGCCGGCAUGGUUGCUGGAGAGUGAGUGGCUACAGCAGCAGCAGCAGCGGAGGGAGGAGGAGCAGGCGCAGCUGGAGAUGCAGCAGUACCUGGGCAUGGGGCAGGGGGGUGAUAGCAGGGGGCAGGCAGGUGGGAGCAGGGGCGAGGAGGGAAGCAAGGAGAUGCGUGCGUUUGGAGAGGGCAGACAGAUGCACGCACAGAUCGUGGGGGCGUUCUCAGCGGAGGCAAGGGGCGAGGCCAUAGUGGGUUACUCCAUUGCAGUCACGGGCCUCGAUGGCUCCGCUUGGAUCGUCCGACGCAGGUAUCGCAACUUCUGGCAGCUGCACCAGCAGCUGAAGCGGCGCAGCCCGUCAGCAAGCAGCCUGCAGCUGCCGCCCAAACGGUUCUUCCACGGCGGGCGCGACGAGGAGCUCAUUCGCGACCGCCUGCUGCAGCUGCACGCUUAUGUCAAGGGCAUCAUCGCCCGCGAGGAGCUGGCCACAUCACCAGAGGUUAUCGACUUCCUCUCCCCUGACUCCAAGCUCUCCCCCAUCGAUCUCUCUCGCCCAUUUCUCUCCCUCACCUCUCUCCGCAAUAUCUCCCCCCUUCCCUUCCCCCCAUCGCUCUCCCCCAUCUCUCUCUCCCACCCAUGUCUCUCGCCCAUCUCUCUCCCCUGUCUUUCUCCCCCAUCUCUCUUCCCCAUCUCUCUCCCCUGUCUUUCUCCCCCAUCUCUCUCCAGUGAUCUCUCCCCCCAACUACCCCCUGUCCGCUUUUCCCCCACUGCUUCUCGUCCCUCGCUCUCCUGUCUAUUCGUCUCCGAACCCCUUGAAUGGCCAUCUCCUUUGCCUGUGAGCAUUCCUCCCCCGCUGCUGCAUGAUCUGAUUCCUUUUGCCUCCUCCCCCCUCCUUUUGUCGAUGUUGCCCUCCCUAUUACGCUCUUUUGGUGCACCUUACCAUCUCCCUUCCGUUUUCUCCACUCGCUUCCCUCCCUCCUCUCAACCCCUCUCCACCAUCCCUCCACCACCACCCCCCUCCCCCCCCUUUCCCACCGCUCCUCCUUUCUCCCGCCCUGCUCUCCUUUCCCGUUCCCCCACCCUGCCCUCCUCACUGCUUCUAUUCCUUCUUGUGACAGACGAUGUGCAGUGGCAGCGCGUUAAAAGCACGUCCCAGCUGCAGCUGCUCUCCACCAUUGCUACUAACGGGGAUGACACUAGCUCUGUUGCCACUUCCCCUCGCUACAGUCACCGCCCCUCCCGACCAACCAGCAGCCGCCACGUGGGGGAGGUGGGUGAGGAGGAGGCGGCUAGAAGAGCAGCGAUUGGACGACAGAGACGAGAAUUUGGCAGUGAUGGUAGUGGGAGGAGUGGGGAAGGAGGUGGUGGUGGGUGUAUAGUGGGGCUGCACGGUCGAGAGGAGUUGAGGAUGGUGAAAGGGAAGGGCCGUCCUUCUACGGUUUGGGAGGGAGUAGGGGAGUGGUCAGAGGGGAUUCGAGAAGAAGGGUGCGAGACGGGGGAUGAGGAGGAGGGCGAUGGUGGGGUAUCGGGAGAGGAGAGAGGAGAUGCUUGGGCUGGGCGGGAGAUUCGUAGUGAGGGAGGGAGGAGAGAGGCUGACGGGAGGUUGAAGAGGCGUGUGGGGCCAAGGGGUGGGAGCACGAUCGGUGGGAGUCUGGUGGAUGGAGGGAUGAGGGGUGGAGGUGAAGGGAUGGGCGGGGAGAGGGAUGCGGAUGGGGAGGACGAUGUGUUGAGCUAUGGAUCGAGACAGAGCCUUGGCGGCCUGGAGUAUGACCUUCAGCGGGCGCAGGGGGUAGGGGACGAGGAAGGAGGGGUGAAGCAGCAGAAGGUGCAGCAGCAUGGAAGCUCGUGUGAGACCUCUGAGGAUGACCUGUGUCAACAGGGUGCUGCCCGUGUGCCUGGGGAUGGGCAUGGGGAUGGUAUCAGAGGUGGGCGUGGCGAGUCAGGUUUUGUUGGGAGAGGUGAAGCUCCGGCAGGGCUGUUUGAAGCAGAUGGUGAUGGUGAGGAUGAUGGUGAUGGUGAUGAGGAGGGUGAGGGUGGGGUGGUGGUGGGAGCAGUCCCUCGACGUGGCUUGCAUGUGCCAGCAGAGCAAGGAGGAGCCGUGGAUCGAGGAACCGAGGAAAGGGAUGGUUCUGUCAGAAGGCACGAUGGGGGGAGUGCACUGGAUGCAACCGUUCCUGCUGAUUGGACUGCUGCGAAGCUGAGUGCACCACUCCUGCGCCUGGUGGAAGUGCUGCUGCACCUCGACGACCACGGCUGGAUUAGGCGGCAGGUGGUGUGGGUGGCGAGGCAGGUGUUGGAGCUGAGCAUGGGGGAUGCCAUUGAUGACUUCCUGCUCUCGCAGAUCCAGAAACUCCGCACUGAAUCCACCGUUGCCACCAUCAUUCGCUCCCUGCACCAGUCACAGGUGUGUGUAAAGCAGCUGGCGCAUGCACUAAUGGAGGUGGUCAUUCUAGCCCUGUUUCCAGAGCUGCACGUUGUGGUUGCUGAGAUUCGCCAUGGCCUUAUUUAA